AUGAUACUUAUUGCUGGUACUACAAGUGAAACAUGUACAAAAGAGGGUACGAUAUGUUCGGAGAAUAAUGCUAGCGUAUGCAAAAAUGGAACAUGCAUAUCGGCUUGUUCUCUACGAGGUAUGAGGGAAUGUCAAUGCGAUGCAGAAGAGGACAACUAUUGUUAUUUAUGUUGUGGAAAUGCGGAUCAUCAAUGUCUUCCCGCACAUCAUCAUAAUAUUUUACGGCCAAACGGUGAACGAUGGGAACGUGAAGCAUGUUCACGAUGUCGUAUGCAUGGUGCAGAAUUGGAAGGAUUACCAUGCGAUGAUACGGAUUCGGCAAGACUUUGUAUUACUGGACGUUGUUCGAAUUCUGUAUGUCAUACACGGCAACCUGGAUCAUUUUGUGAUCGCAAAACUACAAAAUUCUUCAACGGGGUGUUUGGUGUGUUACAAAGUGUUCUGGAUUCGGGUGGAUUAUCAGGACUUUGCAUAAUGUUUCUCGAUGCUUUACUCAUAUCCAGGAGUCCAGCUUUUGAGUAA